CCUCACAAUAGUCUUAGUACUCUUAGUACAUCUUCAAGUUUUCCAGUGGAAGUGAUAGAUUGGCUUCUUCAGUGUCAUAAAGUGUGUGUGCGUGAAAAAAAAAUGGCAAUUUCAUCAACGACCGAUUGGUCAAAAAUUCGCUAUAUCAUGUUUGUUUUAUUUUUCAUAAGUGCCCUUUUGGCCUCAACGGUCGCAACAGGAUUGACAACAUCGGGAAAACAAAAACGCCAAUUGUUUCGCGAACAUCUCCUUCCACAACAUGGGGGUAAAAUCCCCGACGGAGCCUUCGACCCUAGUCGUAUAAGUUUGAACAAAUUAAGCCAGAAUGGGAUUUUUAGCCCCGACGGCUACCACAUUGCCCAAAGACACCCCGACCGACACCACAACCCUAAACAGUACCUCCCCAACACCCUGAAGGUGCAUCAAUAUCCAGAAAACAGAUUUGUUGCUCCGCAUGGGCAACAUCACGAUCUACAAACCAUUGAUACCACCUACCUCAUACGUGAACCAGUACAAUACCCUUUGUUCCCUCCCUUAAAAUAUUACCCCUCUUUGCCGUUUUAUCCACAGUAUUCUCUCAAAUUGCUACGGCAUUUUAAAUAUGACAAAGUUAAUGACCAUCACGACGGCUCGUGGAACGAAAUUGAAUUGCCAGCUAAGCAUCAAACAUACGAGGGCUAUGCUGUAGCCCCUAAGCUCCGUCAGCACGAAAAAGAGCAGCAGCAGGACUUCAGCAAAAUCCCGGGAAUCCCCGGAAAGGACUACCCCCUUUUCCAUUCAGUCCCCCCAACUAGCUUUUCAUGCAAGCACGUUCCUGCUCAUCCUGGGAUUUACGCCAACGUUGAAACAGGCUGCCAAGCUUAUCACGUCUGUCACGAUGGCCGCGAGGGUGAACAAGGAGCCUCUUUCCUUUGUACAAACGGAACCAUUUUCAACCAAGCUGAGUUUGCUUGUGAUUGGUGGUACAAUGUGAACUGCCACGAAGCCCCUAAUUUGUACAGACUUAAUUUGGACCCUACGAAAAACCCCUACGUGCCCAAACCAAAACCCGAAGAGGAGCUCCAUUUUGUGCCCGUUCAGAAAUAUUAAUGUUUUGUAAAUAUUUCGUUUAAAUAAAUUAUUGUACA